GUGUCUCUAUAUCUAUAUAUGUAUAGCCAACCCCUAAAUCAAUUAGUACAAGAAAAAGAACUCAUUGAAAAGAUGAAGAGCUAUUCUUUUUCAUCAGUUCUCUGUUUUCUCCUAAUCCUUAUCACACCCAACUUAUUGAGCAUAAACGAAGCUAAAACUAAAAGCUGCAAUCCCAGUGGCAAAAUAAGAGGGAAAAAACCUCCUCCAGGACAAUGCAACCCGGAGAAUCAAUCAGAGUGUUGUAAAAGAGGCAAAUUGUAUACCACUUACGAGUGCUCACCCCCGGUGUAUAGUCACACUAAAGCAGUUUUGACAAUCAACAGUUUCGGAAAGGGUGGAGAUGGCGGCGGACCCUCUGAGUGUGACAAAAAGUUUCACUCAGACGAAACUCCGGUGGUGGCCUUAUCCACAGGAUGGUUCAACAACAGACAGAGGUGUUUGCAGAACAUAACCAUACAUGGUAAUGGGAGGAGUGUGACUGCAAUGGUUGUGGAUGAAUGUGAUUCAAGAAGAGGCUGUGAUGCUGACCAUGAUUAUCAGCCCCCAUGUCCUAAUAACAUUGUGGAUGCCUCUAAAGCUGUUUGGAAGGCAUUAGGAGUCCCCAAACAUGAUCGGGGUGAACUUCAUAUCUUCUGGUCUGAAGCUUAAUUUUCUUUAAUAAUUUCUCAAUGUAAUGCUAGUGAUAGUUGUUAUUAUAUCAUGCAUAAUGGGAAUGCUGAUGAUUGUUGUUAGAAAAGGUAUUGUCUCAUAUCAGUUGGAAUAUCCUCAGGUGCUUAAUUAUCAAAAUUGCUUAAUUUUAUUUUAUUUUACUCGGGAAAAUUUGUCACUGCUUUGACCAGUGUACUAUUAUUUUGCUUGUACGAUUAUGUCGUCGUUUGAAAUCUUGUUAGUGCAGAAGAUGCAUGAAAAGGGACCCCUUACUUGUGCUUCUUCAUUAUUAGGAGAAAAUCAUAGCUUAACAUAAACAUAAUAUAAAGAGUGAGUCCUUAUAAGAUAUGGGUUUUCUGGUUUUGAUUC